CCCGAAGAAUUGACACGUGGCUAAAAUUCGAAAUAAUGGGCCUAGAAAUACGUUCCCCCCAAGCAGAGUGUACUAAGCGGGAUUUGCAAAAUCCCAUUUCACACAAAUCCUCGACAGGUCCGCCUCAAACAAAAUACAUAAGAGGAUACCCAAAUCAAUCCUAGGGUUUCAAAUCAAAUCGAUUGGAAUGUCGGGCUCUCCUUCAGCCCUCCUAUCUCGACUUACCAUUGAUCUUCCUAUUGAUGCACCUGAAGGAACAACUGUAGAAACUGAUGAAGUAUUGCCGGCUACUGAAUCUUUGAAUAAAGUAUCUGCUUCUAAACGUGCUGAUUAUGUAAAGAUAAGGGUUGAAGAGAAUGCACAAAAGCUGUUUGAUGUGACGGAAAAUCUUUUUAAGUUGUCAACAGAGAGACGAAAUCUUAUAAUUCAUGGUGCGGAUGUUAGCAUUGAUCUUCUAUCUAAGAGACAGCAGGAUGCAAUUGAUAUGCAAAAUGGGAUUGAUUCCAGCAAUGGGGAUAAUGAUAGCAAUUGCUCUGAAAAUGAUGGAUAUGCCUUUGCUGAAAGUCGUCUUGGAUCUAGCAUUGCCGUCAAGAAUGCUGUAUGUCCCAUUAAACUUCCUGAAGCGAAAAGACUACCUCGAUAUACUACAUGGAUAUUUUUGGAUAGAAAUCAGAGGAUGACCGAUGAUCAAUCAGCGGUUGGUCGUAGAAGAAUUUAUUACGACCAGGACAGCGGAGAAGCUCUAAUUUGCAGUGAUAGCGAGGAAGAGUUACUUGAAGACGAGGAAGAAAAGGAGUUUGUAGAGUCUCAAGAUAUUAUGCUGCGUUCAACUACCCAACAAGUUGGCUUGCCUGACAGCAUGUUAGAUUUGUUUGGGAAGUGCUUGUCUAGAAAACCCAGUAAAGUCAAGGCAAGAUAUGAAGAUCCUGUUAAGGACAUAAAUGCAUGCUCCUCAAAGAAUGAGAACAUCCAAGGGACUCUAAAUUUAUGUCUUGACAAAGAUCUUGAUGCUGCUCUAGAUUCUUUUGACAACCUAUUUUGUCGUCGAUGCCUUGUUUUUGAUUGUAGAUUACAUGGAUGUUCACAGAAUCUGAUCUUCACGGCUAAAAAGCAAUUGCCAUGGUACCCUCCCGACGUGGAUAAGGAGCCCUGUUGUCCAAAUUGCUAUCGCCUGGCCAUCAAGAAGGAAAGCAAAGCGGGAUCAACCUCCCCUCAGUUGGCUAAUCACGGAGAAAACCCUGUCCAACCAUCUGAAAUUGCUAAUAAUGCUCAGGUGCCUGGUAGGAAGCAUCUAUCAAGGAGAUCAAAGUCUAGCCAAAGCGAAAGUGCUUCAUUGCAUGCAAAGAACAUCUCUGAAAGCAGCGAUUCAGAGAUUAGGCUGUUAAGUGACAUCACUACUGUUCAGGGUUCUGCUUCUCCAUCUAACAGUAAAUCUGAUAGUAGACGGGGGAGCAACAAAACAAAAUGCAAGAGAAUAACUGAAGAUAUUCUAGUUUCCACCAAAAAGCGACAGAAGAAAAUGACGGCUGUGGAGUCUGAAUCUGUAGCUUCUGAAAGUCUAGUGUCUAAAGACUUGAAUCUCCACUCUAAUUCACAUAAGGAUAUCAAAGAUUUUAGUUCAUCUUCACAAAAAACACAACAAUCUCAUAGUGGUAGAAGGUCUAGCAGAAAAGACUCUCCAGUACUGGGUAGAAAAAAUUCUUUGCAAGUUGAGGGUUUCAAUUGCCAAUAUAAAGAGGCUACCAGUGAAAAUGAUGACACAUUGAGGAAGAAUAAGUUUGUGGAUGAGAAUAACUCCAAACAAGAAAUAGAUGGCGACAAAUCAUGGAGACCACUUGAAAAGGCUCUCUUUGAAAAAGGUCUGGAAAUUUUUGGUAGGAGCAGCUGUAUGAUUGCUCGAAAUCUGAUGAAUGGUUUGAAAGAUUGUUGGGAGGUGUUCCAGUAUAUGAACAAUUCCGAGAAUAAGCUAUCACGAGUAGGUGAUGCGGUGAAUGAAAUGCUUGAAGGCUCUUUCAAGGGUGAUGGCCAUACAAUCACGGGUAAUCAACCACGGAGAAGAUCUAGAUUCUUGCGUAGAGGAGGUAGAGCUUGCCGCUUAAAAUCCACAUCGAAAUCAGCUGGAUAUCACGCACUUAGGAAACGGAUCUCUGUCUGGAAAGAUCAGCUUUGUCGUCAGUACAAUCCAUGCAAUUGUCUUGCACCUUGUGGAAAAGAGUGUUCUUGUAUCGUAAAUGGGACCUGCUGUGAAAAAUACUGUGGAUGCCCAAAGAGUUGCAAGAAUCGAUUUCGUGGUUGUCUUUGUGCCAAAGGUCAGUGCAGAAGCAGGCAAUGCCCUUGCUUUGCUGCAGACAGGGAAUGUGAUCCUGAUGUUUGCCGAAAUUGCUGGAUCAGCUGUGGCGAUGGGACUCUCGGUAUUCCUUCACAAAGAGGUGACAAUUAUGAAUGCAUGAACAUGAAGCUUCUUUUGAAACAACAUCAAAGGAUUCUUCUUGGAAGAUCUGAUGUGUCUGGCUGGGGUGCUUUCUUGAAGAAUAGUGUUGAAAAGCACGAAUACCUUGGGGAGUAUACCGGUGAAAUAAUCUCACACCAUGAAGCUGAUAAGCGUGGAAAGAUUUAUGAUCGUGAAAAUUCUUCGUUUCUCUUCAAUUUAAAUGAUCAGUUUGUAAUUGAUGCUUAUGGGAAGGGUGACAAGUUGAAGUUCGCAAACCAUUCUCCUGAUCCAAAUUGCUACGCCAAGGUUAUUAUGACGGCUGGAGAUCACAGAGUUGGUAUAUUUGCCAAAGAAAGAAUUUGUGCAGGAAAGGAACUCUUUUAUGAUUAUCACUAUACACCUGAAACAGCACCUGCCUGGGCAAGAAAGCCUGAGGCAUCCACUACAAGAAAGCGUUUGGAAGGAUUUGUGUGGUUGCAGCUCCAAAAGUGGCUUUGGUUUUGCUAUAAAGGAACAGAAAGCUUCAUAGUACAAGGUUCUUCAUGGAAGAUCUGAUGUGUCUGGCUGGGGUGCUUUCUUGAAGCAUUACUUCCAGAAUAGUGUUGGAAAGCACGAAUACAUUGGGAAGUAUACGGGUGAAAUAAUCUCACACUAUGAAGCUGAUAAGCGUGUUUUUGCUUGAUAAUUAUCGGAAGGGUGACAAGUUGAAGUUCGCAAACCAUUCUCCUGAUCCAAAUUGCUACACCAAGGUUAUUAUAGUGGCUGGAGAUCACAGAAUUGAUAUAUUUGCCAAAGAAAGAAUUUGUGUUGUAGAGAAACUCUUCUAUGGUUAUCACUAUAGGCCAGAUACACUUACUUUCUCGAAGUGGAUGCCUCAGGCUUUCUUGCCCAGGCAGGUGCUGUUUCUGGCGUAUAGUGAUAAUCAUAAAAGAGUUUCUACGAAGAGUAUUCUGCUCCUUCAGGUGGCCGUGGCAAGAAGCAUACAUAAUGAGUGUAAUCUAAGCGGUUUUGAUUGGCUUAUUCUUUUUCCAACAAGGUAUCAUCUACAUUGACCAUCUGAUUGACCUUGUGAUCCAUUUUGUUGGCGGACAGAACCAUUGCAUCUCCAGGAUAACUUACUAGAUUAUGUUUGGGUUUUUUUUUAACUGGGCUGCUUUCAGAGCCGAGUUUAGUCGUUGAAGCGGGAAAACAAUCUAUAUAUCUAUAUAAUUGCAGGACAUAGGCCCGGUGAUUCAAUGUUGUGUUAUUUUAUUCCAUGCUGAAUGAAAGUGAGAGGACUAUUGAGAUUGAGGAGAACUUAUUAUCAAUCAAUGAGCCUAAGGUACCGUAGAAAGUUAUUAUUGCUAGCUGCCAAAUAUUAUUGGCAUGAAUUUUUGUUUGAACAUGCUCUUUUUACUGCCUAAUUUAUUGUGUCUGAGUUGAGUAAGUUGACUUAUAAUUUUACAAAAUCUUAUAUUCUGGUUUCGAAAAGAGUACUACGUUAACCGAGUUGUGAUUUUUAGUGUAAAAGCUUUUCCUUUCUCUCCUAAUUUCAGUUUGGGCAGGAGUAGUUGACUUUUUCCUGUCUACUGGGGAAGUGCUAUAACAGUUCUGGUCUGAUCAUGAUAUACAUUUACAUUAGUUGGGUGUAUCAGUGACGUUUACUCAAAGUUUACUUCAUCGACGUUGUGUUUGUCCUUUCUUAUUAUGGAGUCUUUUUUAAUGGAGGGCAGAACCUGCCUGGCCUGAGUACUGUCCAAGGGUAAGUAUUUGUUAAUUUACCCAUUUCAUAUCAUCAAUGGAAUUUCUUAUACUCUAUAGCCUUUCACGUAGCAACUAAUCUUGAGCAGAAGAUAGUUUCGAGUUUAACAUUCUUUUAGCAACAUGAUGCUCAUAGUUAAUUUAUAAUUUUUCAUGAUAUCGUAAAUGGUUUAGUUUGUGUUGCAGGAUUCCUAAUAACAUCUCGAGUCAUAAUUUUAUAUCUUGUACUUCACUUCUUUUUUGUUUUCAUUCAUUUGGUUAUCUUUUGGGGACAUAGAGAUGUUGUACUCUGAUUUUAAGUUGAGUUCCAAACUAAAUUUUUUGGGCGCUUCUUUGCUGGAGCUCUAAAGAAGGAAUUUUUAAUGAUAAGAAAAUCAAGAUUGUGUAAAUUUGUGUUCUCAAAGAAGACAUGUUAGAAAAUACUUACCUCAAAGAAUAAAUAAUUGACUUUUUAGACAUUGAUAAUAGCCGCUUGAUAGAUCGUUUUGCACUUUGGCAUAGGAUUUUUCUCAAAUAUUUUAUCUAUUGGAGCUUAAAAUUUCCAAUGCCUAGCAAAAUACAUAUAUUUUAGUUUUAGAGUCAACUCACAAUGAUGAGAGUUAACAUUUAGUCGAUGGUUGUUUUACUUGUAAAGUUUAUGACAAUUAUUUAUUUGUUAGUUCGAUGAGGUUGUGGUCGACUUAUUUCACAGUUCAGCAGAUAUUAUUUUUAUAGUGGUGAAUUCGAGAAUUGCACUGAGAAGAUAACACAGAGAGUAGUUCUGAAAUAGCAACAGAAGUAAAGCUUGAGAAGGAGAAGAUUGCCGGAUGAAGCAGAGCAGAAUAUUGAGGUGCCACCUGAAGAUUGAUCUUAUUUUGCAAGAUCUUCUCUUUUCUCAUUAUUUCUGCUUAUUAUUGAAUAAUUCCUACCUCAAUGUUUUUUCAUUCCUUCCGUUUGUGGUUGGUCUGACAUUAUGUAUGUAUAUCUAUAUAGGCUUAUUGGCUUGAUUUUCUAUGGAAGUUGGAGCUAGAUUUAAUGGUUAGAUGUAGUUUUCAUUA